CACAGCGUGGCUAAAACAGAAGCGUUUGGCAGUUAUGGUUCAUCAGCGUUUCUUGCUUCCUCUCCGGUGCGUAAUGCGAACGUGCGCGCGUUAAAUAGAUCCUCUUUGCUUUUGUCGCUUUCACGGAUUAAAAGAAAGAAAUGAAAGACGCGCCGAAACACCUAACGAGACUACAUCUUCAUCAAUGAGCGGGAGAUGACAUUGAGGAUAUCUUUGCGGGAACUGUGAGCUUGGCCAUCAUUUUUGCAGGAAAAUGCAUCUUUGGAUUUCGUAUGUUUUGCUAAGUGCGACGACAGUGUGCACUGUGGAGCUGUUUGGCAGCUACGGGGAGAUUUGUCAAAGACUGUGUGGCUGUGAGGAGAGAGAGGGGAUACUGACAGUGAGCUGUGAAAACAGAGGAAUUGAAAGUCUCUCAGACAUAAGCCCAGUGUUCUUCCCCCAGUAUCAUCUGCUGCUUACAGGGAACCGUUUGAAAAAGCUGUCUGCCAAUGAUUUUGUAGACUACAAAGGACUUACAAUACUACAUCUUGGAAAUAACGACAUAUCUGAGGUGGAAGCUGGAGCUUUUAAUGGACUUCAGGGAUUAAAACGAUUACAUCUCAACAAUAACAAAAUCGAUGCCUUGAAGGAAGAGUUUUUCUUCGGCCUUGAAAGUCUGGAGUAUCUUCAAAUUGAUUAUAAUUCCAUCACUCAUGUGGCACCAAACGCCUUCAGCAGACUUCGACAACUGGAGGUCCUGAUCCUAAAUGACAACUUAAUUUCAACACUGCCUGUGAACAUUUUCCAGUACGUACCAUUGACUCAUUUGGACUUGCGGGGGAAUCAGCUCAAAGUGCUUCCAUACUUGGGUCUGCUUGAGCACAUGAACAGUGUUGUGGAGCUGCAGCUCGAGGAGAACCCGUGGAACUGCUCCUGCGAGCUGAUAGCGCUGAAAACCUGGCUGGAGAGCAUUUCUUACACGGCCUUGGUCGGGGAUGUUGUAUGCGAGUUUCCUUUCCGGCUUCACGGGAGAGAUCUCGAUGAGGUUUCAAAGCAGGAGUUAUGCCCGAGGAGAGCCAUCGCUGAAUAUGAGAUGCCACCGCUGCCACAUCUGAGCACUGAUGCAUACUAUAGGACACCGCCAUCUUUAGUCACAGCUUCCUUAACAUCAUCUGGGAUUGCACGGUCUUCAUCGAGGCCCACCAAGGGACCACGCCAGUCAGGAAAAUUAAAAUCAAGACCAACUAUUCGCAGCCCAUCGAACAAGCCACAAAAUUAUGGGCAGAUCAUUUCAUAUCAAACCAAAUCUCCUGUGCCUUUAGACUGCCCUGCUGCCUGCACCUGCAAUCUUCAAAUUUCAGACCUUGGCUUGAAUGUGAACUGCCAGGAGCGAAAGAUUGAGCACAUCUCUGACUUAGAGCCCAAACCUUACAAUCCCAAAAAGAUGUACCUGACUGGGAACUAUAUCCCUGUGGUGCGUCGAUCAGAUUUCACUGAAGCAACUGGAUUAGAUUUACUUCAUCUCGGUAAUAAUCGAAUAGCACGCAUACAUGACAGAGCUUUUGGCGACUUAAAGCACCUAAGAAGGCUGUACCUCAAUGGGAAUUUGAUAGACCAUCUUACAGCUGAGAUGUUCUUCGGUUUAGAGAGCCUACAGUUCUUGUAUUUAGAGUACAACGUCAUUAAGGAGGUCGCUGCUGACACCUUUCAGAGCGUGCCCAAACUGCAGCUUCUUUUUCUGAACAACAACCUCUUAAAAACUCUACCAGUCGGGACAUUUACCGGCCUGACGUUAGCCCGACUGAAUCUCCGCAACAACCAUCUGAGGUACUUACCUGUAAGUGGUGUUUUAGAUCAGCUUACAGCGCUUGUGCAAGUCGAUUUGUUCGAGAAUCCCUGGGAUUGCUCUUGCAGCAUCCUGGAGUUAAAGAUGUGGCUUGAGCAGCUUAGCACAGGGACAGUUGUAAACAAUGUCAUCUGUGGGUCGCCUAAGAAGCUGGCAGGGGAGGAUAUGAGAUACAUCAAGACAGCUAAUUUCUGCCCUAAUAACUCUGAUAUACUUGCCUCUAUGAUCCCACCCUCGGAAGAAUCUUUUCCUGGCAGCACUAUCACCAUAGAAACAUCGUUGGACUCGGACACACAAUACAGCGCCAUUCCUUUAUCUGUGAUGAUUCUUGCCCUUCUGCUCAUGUUCAUUAUGUCCGUGUUUGUGGCUGCAGGAAUGUUCGUGGCAAUGAAGAAGAGACGUCAAAAGAGUCAAAACAAGCAGAAUAACACGAUGAAUGCUUGCAUCAGCUCUCUUAACAUGGAGUACGGCCUUUACAAAAAGGGAGCCAUUCCCAAAGUCAGGACAUCUGCUGGGCAUGUGUAUGAGUACAUCCCACCUCCCACAGACUCCACAUGUAGAACUACUGCCCACACCCCCACGGACAGCAAGUCAGUGGAUGGUGUUAGAGACUUCGACGAGCUGAGCGGCCCUUUUCUGGGUAACUCAGAUGAAGAGGCAGCCAGUAAUGUAAUAAGCUCAGAAUACAGUGCCGCGACUCCCGAGCCUCUUAACAAGCCGUCCACCCCCCACCGAGAUGAUCUGUGCUACUACAGAGACGUACUCGAGCCUGACAAGCACACACGCUACAGCAAUACACUCUCAUGCAAGCAUACGGCUCACUCAUCGAGCCAGUAUACCUCAGACUUUGAUGCAAGGCAUCAGUAUGUGCCCCCAGACAGAGUGCAACAGACUAUACUCUAUUGUACAGCGCCAAGUACUGUUUAUGUGGAGCCCAACCGGAGCGAGUACUGGGAACUGAAAGCAAAGCUUCAUAUUGAUCCGGAUUAUCUUGAGGUUCUUGAAAAACGAACAACUUUUACACAGUUUUAAGAGAAUCGGCCUGUAUGGAUGCACUGAUGCAACGUGUCCAUUCAAUCAGGAAACUGAACAUGUGUGAAACAAAGACUCCGAGCUACAUUAUGCAUUUGUUUGAAUCAUGCCAU